AUGGCAUCCAACGACCCUCGAUUCGAUGACUCGUCAGAUGAGGAGGACUUCAACCCUGCGCCCGCUGACCUGUCUGACGAGGAGUCGGCACAGCCCAGAGAGGAGAAGCGCCGCAAGACCCCCGUUCGUGAGGACGAUGAAGACGAAGAUGAGAACACGUCACCUGCGCGUCCGAAACAGGUAGAUGAUGACGAGGAAGAGGAGGAGGAGGAGGAGGAGGAGGAAGAUCAAGGUGGCAAGGGCAAGCACGAUGAUGAUGAUGAAGAGGAGGAGGAAGAGGACGACGAUGAUGAGGACGACGUGCAAAGAGGUCAUCGCAGAAAGCGUCGUCGCGACCGACGAAAUGCUUUCCUCGAUAUCGAAGCUGAGGUUGACGACGAAGACGAGGCUGAGGAUGACGAGAAGGAAGACGAAGAGAUAGGAGACUUCAUCGACAACGAACAUCCCGACGACCUUGCCGAUACCGCGCGACUCAACGAUGAUCGCCGCCAUAGAGAGCUCGACCGUCGCCGCGACAUGGAAUCGAGCUUGGACGCCGAAAAGCAAGCCGAACUCUACCGACAGCGUUAUGCCAAGUACCGCUCUGGAAAGGGCACUGGCGAAUCUGCUGUUGUCCCCAAGCGUCUGCUUCUCCCUAGUGUUGACGAUCCAGGUAUCUGGGCCGUGCGAUGUAAGGAAGGCAAGGAGCGCGAGGUGGUCUUUUCCAUUAUGAAGCGCAUCGAAGAGCGUAUGGGAACCAAGGGCGAGCUCGCUAUUACGGCAGCCUUUGAGCGGGGUGGCACGACCUCUGUCAUGAAGGGCAUCGUCUACGUUGAGGCCCAACGCCAGACGGAUAUUCUUGUUGCCCUCGACGGCGUCCUGAACAUCUACCCGCGAAACAAAAUGACUCUUGUCGACAUCAAAGAUAUGCCCGAGCUUCUACGCGUGGUGAAGACCCCUACCUUGGAGCCUGGCGCGUGGUGCCGAAUCCGCCGCCCGCUCAAGCACAGUGGCGACCUUGCUCAGGUCCUGGCUGUGACGGAAAACGGUCUGGAAGCUCGUAUCCGUUUCAUCCCCCGACUUGAUUACGGUAUGCGCGAUGACUCUCUCGGCAACGUGACACAAGAUGGAAAGAGAAAGCGAGCCUUCGGAGGUGCUGGUCCGAAGCCCCCUCAGCGUCUGUUCAGUGAAGUUGAGGCGCGCAAGCGCCAUCCUCGCUUUAUUCAGGGUAACCCCACCACAAAUACCUGGACAUACAAUGGUGACGAGUUCGAAAACGGGUUUCAAGUCAAAGAUGUCAAGAUCCAGGCGCUCUUGCUUACCGAUGUGAACCCUACGCUUGAAGAGGUCACGCGGUUUGCCUCGGGUGCCGAAGACGGUACAGAGAACCUGGAUUUGAAGGCCCUUGCUGCUAGUCUUAAAGAUAGCAACACCAAAGUCACAUACCUGCCUGGCGAUGUUAUUGAAGUCUAUUCGGGCGAGCAGAAGGGCGUUGUGGGCAAGGCCACGAAUGUGCAGGGCGAUAUUGUUACCAUGGUCGUUACUGAGGGUGACCUCGCCGGUCAGACGAUUGAGGUUCCGACCAAGGGCUUGCGCAAGCGCUUCAAGGUCGGUGACCACGUCAAGGUCAUUGGUGGUAGCAGGUUCCAGGACGAAGUCGGAACUGUCGUCAAGAUUUCGGAAGACAGGGUAACGCUGCUGACAGAUCACACCAACAAAGAAGUGACUGUCUUUAGCAAGGAUCUUCGCGAGGCAAGUGACAUUGGCGGACAGGGAUCAUUGGGUCAGUACUCGCUACACGACCUUGUUCAGCUUGAUAUGACUACUGUCGGUUGCAUUGUUAAGGUCGACCGCGAUUCAAUGGUCGUGCUCGAUCAGUUUGGCGACACGAGACAGGUCAUGCCGUCAGCGAUUUCCAACAAGAUUGACAAGAGAAAGACGGCCGUUGCUGCUGAUCGUGAAGGAUCUGAGAUACGACUCGACGAUGUUGUCAAGGAGUACACCGGGCAACAGAGACAGGGCAAGAUCAUUCACAUCCAUCGCUCAUACGUCUUUUUGCACACCAACGACACGAAUGAAAAUGCAGGCGUCUUCGUUACCAAGUCCAGCUUGGUCAACACCGUGGCUGCCAAGGGCGGCCGUGUCAAUGCCGCUUCCACAGGCCCUGAUCUCAGCACGAUGAACCCUGCCCUCAAGAUCCACAAGAAUGGCUCCGAAAACAAGCCCAUCGCCCCUGUCAAGAUGUUUGGUCGCGACAAGGCCAUCAACCAGACUGUUAUUAUCAAGAAGGGUGCCUACAAAGGACUGCUGGGUAUUGUAAAGGACUCGACAGACACUCAUUGCCGUGUUGAACUGCACACCAAGAGCAAGAUUGUCACGGUGCCGCGAGACUCGCUCAACUUCAAGGACAAGACGAGUGGUGUCUCCAUCGACAUCAAUGGCAGAGGCAGGGGCGCACCUGGCGGUGGCCGUGGUGACAGAGUGCCCAGCUGGCAAGGAGGAUCCCGCACCCCGGCUGCUGGCGGUGCUAGUGGUGACCGCGUUCCCGCAUGGGGCUCGCGUACACCGGCUGCCUCGGGUGGUCGGACGCCCGCCUGGAAGGGCCAGGAUUACUCUGGCUCGCGCACGCCUGCUUGGGCUGAUGGGUCAAGAACAGUGAACCCUUACGACGGUAGUCGUACAGCGUACGGUGCCGGGUCUCGCACGCCCGCUUGGCAGUCUGGUGCCAGAACUCCCGCGCCCGGCGACGCCUUUGGCGCGGGCUCGCGAACUCCUGCCUACGGCGGCGGCGACAGCUGGGCCUCGGGCUCCAAGACGCCUGCUUGGGGUGCAUCUGCUCCCACGCCCGGCGCCAGCGGCAACGACACAUGGGGCUACACACCCGGUGCUGGUGCAGGUGCGUACGACGCGCCUACUCCUGGUGGUGCUCUAGGCGCUCCCACCCCCGGCGCCUUUGGAGCGCCGACUCCUGGGGCCUACUCGGCCCCGACUCCUGCAGCCAGUGCUCCUACGCCGGGCGCUGGAUGGCAAGGCGGCGGCUGGGGGGCGGACUCUGCGCCCACUCCAGCUGCAGGUGCCCCGACGCCAGCGGCGAGUGGUUACUACGGCGCGCCUACGCCAGCUGCGCCCCCGGAGACGCCUGGUGCUAGCGGCCCGCGAUAUGUGGAGGACGACGACUGA